GUUCAAGGAGUAUAGUAGCUGUUUUGUGGGAGCACAUUUAUUUUGUAUUAAUUCAGAUUUUAUUAAUUCAUUAUUAGAUCAAGAGUUAGGUUCAAGUUGUAGAAAGACAUUGAUAGCAUUAACUAAACUUAAAGUCAAUUAACUAUUCUAAUGUAUACAUAGAAUGUAAUUACAGUGUGAGUAAAGGGUAGAUCUUUAUAUACUAAUUCAAAUUGGCCUAGAUUGAAAAUAUGUUUCUAUCACUGACAUUUUUCACUGAAGCAAAUAUUCCCUAUCCUCUUACUCCAAAUGAACAAGAUGACUCCAUUUCUAUUUUUCUUGAUGGGUAAACCAUGCUUGGAGAUACCAUCUGGAGAGCAUUGGGUUUCUGCCAAGAAUUUAAAUCAGGCCUGAAAAGAGUUACCUGCCUAAGGCAAGAAACUACACUGAUUUAAUAGAGAAGAACAUGCUUUUAUUUCACCAUCUGAUUUCUGCUUGACAGAUUAACUAAAAGCAAGGAGGGGAUAAUCUGUCUACGUUCUGAGUAUUGCUCUUGGCAAGACCCUUAUAACAGACCUUAGGCCCAAGUCUGCUGUGCUACCAUACUCCACCUCAACCCAGACAUUAUUCUGGGGUCCAUCUGAGGUCAGCAGCGUGAAGAUGACCAGCGCCUUCCUAGCAUGACGACUUUGGAACAUGUGAUUGCUACCCACCAAUCAGAGUGGGUCUCCUUCAAUGAAGAGCCACUCUUUGCUGCCCCUUCCGAGGGGGGUACUGAAGAGCACCUCCCGGGACUGUCAUCUUCCUCAGACCAGUCUGAGAACUCCUCUGGGGACAACCACGUGGUGGAUGGAGGCUCUCAGGACCUUUCCCACUCGGAGCAGGAUGACUCCUCUGAAAAGAUGGGCCUCAUCUCUGAAGCAGCCUCCCCACCUGGGAGCCCUGAGCAGCCCCCGCCUGACCUGGCCUCGGCCAUCAGCAACUGGGUUCAAUUUGAAGACGACACACCCUGGGCCAGCACGUCACCACCUCAUAAAGAAACAGCCCUACCCUUGACUAUGCCCUGCUGGACGUGCCCUUCCUUCGACUCCCUAAGGAGAUGCCCUCUGACCUCUGAGAGCAGCUGGACCACCCAUUCUGAAGACACCAGCAGUCCUAGUUUUGGCCGUUCAUACACAGACCUGCAGCUCAUCAAUGCUGAGGAGCAGAUGAGUGGCCGGGCUUCUGGGGCUGACUCAACUGACGAGAGGACCGAGUGGCAGACAGGCAGGCAGACGGCGGUGAGUCCUGUUCAAGCAUGCACGGAGCGAACCUCCACCCGCACCCACAGCCUGGACCCCUCGCCACCCUCACCCCACCCCUGGAGCAGCCAGAGCCCCGGCGAGGGUCCCAAUGACAACUCUUCUUCGCUCCAGGAAGAUGAAGAGGUAGAGAUGGAGGCCAUCGGCUGGCAGGCCAGCAGUCCAGCCAUGAAUGGGCACCCUGCCCCUCCAGUGACCUCUGCUCGUUUCCCCAGCUGGGUCACCUUUGAUGACAAUGAAGUCAGCUGCCCUUUGCCACCAAUCACCUCCCCUCUGAAGCCGAAUACACCACCUAAUGCAUCUGUGAUCCCGGAUGUACCAUAUAACUCAACAGAGUCAUUUAAGAAGAGGGACCGUCCCAAGAGCACUUUGAUGAACAUCUCCAAAGUUCAGAAGCUGGACAUUUCCUCCUUACACCGUCCGCCUUCCGUAACGGAGGCUCCACCCUGGAGGGCAACCAACCCUUUCCUGAAUGAGACUCUGCAGGAUGUGCAGCCCUCCCCUAUCAAUCCUUUCAGUGCUUUCUUUGAGGAGCAGGAGAGGCGCUCCCAAAACAGUGCCAUUUCUAGUGCCACAGGAAAAAGCCAAAGAGAUUCCCUCAUUGUCGUCUACCAGGAUGCCAUCAGUUUUGAUGACUCAAGCAAAAGCCAGUCACACUCUGAUGCUGUUGAAAAACUCAAACAACUCCAAAUUGAUGAUCCUGAUCACUUUGGCAGUGCUACGCUACCUGAUGACGACCCGGUAGCCUGGGUUGAACUAGAUGCUCACCCACCUCCGUCAGCACCAUCCCAGCCCAGGGAUGGGUGGCCAAUGAUGCUGAGGAUCCCUGAGAAGAAAAACAUCAUGUCCUCCAGGCACUGGGGACCAAUCUUCAUCAAACUCACAGACAGUGGCUACCUGCAGCUGUAUUAUGAGCAGGGCCUAGAAAAACCAUUCCGCGAGUUCAAGCUGGAGAUCUGCCACGAGAUUUCAGAACCCCGGCUUCAGAACUACGAUGAGAAUGGCAGGAUCCACAGCUUGCGGAUAGACCGUGUCACCUACAAGGAGAAGAAGAAAUACCAGCCCAAACCUGCUGUGGCCCACACAGCAGAGAGGGAACAAGUGAUCAAGCUGGGCACCACCAAUUAUGACGACUUCCUGAGCUUCAUCCACGCAGUUCAGGACCACCUCAUGGCUCUCCCGGUGUCGUCCAUGGACUUGAGUACGGUUGGCCUGAACUACCUUGAAGAGGAGAUUACCGUGGAUGUCAGAGAUGAAUUCUCUGGUGUUGUGAGAAAAGGAGACAACCAGAUCCUCCGGCACCACGUCUUGACGCGGAUCCACAUUCUGAGUUUCCUUUCGGGGCUCGCAGAGUGCCGCCUGGGCCUCAAUGACGUCCUCGUCAAAGGGAACGAAGUAGUGUCACGGCAGGACAUCAUGCCCACCACCACCACGAAGUGGAUCAAGCUCCACGAGUGCCGCUUUCACGGGUGUGUGGAUGAGGAUGUGUUCGACAGCUCCCGGGUUAUUCUGUUCAACCCUCUGGACGCCUGCCGCUUUGAGCUAAUGCGGUUCAGGACGGUGUUUGCUGAGAAGACCUUGCCUUUCACGCUCAGGACGGCAGCCAGUAUCAAUGGCGCGGAGGUGGAGGUGCAGAGCUGGCUGAGGAUGUCCACUGGCUUCUCCUCUAAUCGCGACCCCCUCGCUCAGGUCCCCUGUGAGAAUGUGAUGGUCCGUUACCCUGUCCCCAGUGAGUGGGUGAAAAACUUCCGCAGGGAAAGUGUCCUGGGGGAAAAGUCUUUAAAAGCCAAAGUGAACCGGGGGGCGAGUUUUGGCUCCACUGGUGUCUCUGGCUCUGAGCCUGUCAUGAGGGUCACCCUGGGAACCGCCAAGUACGAGCAUGCCUUCAACUCCAUUGUGUGGAGGAUAAACCGGUUGCCUGAUAAAAACUCAGCUUCCGGUCACCCCCACUGUUUCUUUUGCCACCUUGAACUUGGCUCUGACCGGGAAGUGCCUUCCAGAUUUGCCAAUCAUGUGAAUGUCGAGUUCAGCAUGCCCACAACUUCUGCCUCCAAAGCCACUGUACGAUCCAUCUCCGUGGAAGACAAGACUGACGUCAGAAAAUGGGUCAAUUACUCCGCACACUACAGCUACCAGGUGGAAAUUGAGCAAAAAAAAAGUUUGAAGCCGGACUUUGAAGGAGAUGAAAUGGAAAAUCCCAAGGAGUGUGGGGUACAGUGACAAAACCCUGCAGUAAGGAACCCUGACCCAGGAGUCAUGAUAGGGUAUCUUCUUGAGUAGCUGAAGUUUAAGUCAAUACCUGCUGUGGCCACUCCAUGUUGGGAACAGUGUAUCAGACCUUCUGUUUGCAGUUACCUGCAUUUUAACAGGAAACCCUGAAAUGGUUGUUUUGGAAAGGCUCUUUGAGUCUGAUCACACCUGAAGCAGGGGUUCACCUGACUUCUGGAGCUUAUAGUAUAAUUAAGCCUCCUUGUCUCAUCUCCGCUUAUCUCAAGCACUGGUAUGUGGCUUGUUGUGACAGAGUCAGGAAGAGAACCUCCCGCAUCAGUGUUGACAUGAUUUCCUUGUGAUAUUCUUCUGUCACUCACAUGAGUUUCUAGAAAAGGCAGUCCUGAGAACUUAAGAAUCCAUCUCUUUCACUCCCUCUAGAAAAUGUUCAGAAAAGGUGCGAAACAAAUUUCCUGUUUGGAUCUACUAGACCAGUGUAGGUGUCUGCAUUCUUUAAAUGUUAACACUAUGCAACAGAAGUUUUCGAGAUGUUUUCCUCCUGCUUCUAGAUUGUUUAGAUCGGAACACUUUUUCUCUAAGGUUUCAUCUCUCUAAGGUUUCAGUCCCAGGAUUUGCUAUCCUGAGUCAUAAUAGACAAUGGAAAAAGACACAAUAGGAUACUUUUUUAUUCUGUGAAUGACCCACAUUCUGCAAAAGGGCUACUGUUAGGGGAAGGCAAAAUUAAGCUUAUUUUUCUUCAUUCUGGGGAAAAAAGACAUUUAAUGUAAGAUUAUAUUCAGUUCAGAAGAUAGCUUCAAUCUCAGUGAAUUCCCAAAUUCAUACUGAAAAAUCCAGGCCACUUCUGAUUCCUGAAACAUAUGAAUAUAUAUAUUAUACCUCAGGCAUUUGUAAGGGGCAUUUGGGAGUUCUUUUUAUACCUCAUAGCCAAUAGACAGUUCAGUUACAUGUCUCUUCAUCCCAGGAAAUUUAAGCUGAAAUGAUAAUUUUAAAAGCUAUUUUAAAAUUAAGCUUGAAUGAGCUUUCCCCCAAAAUUCAGAGUUUAAUAAUUGCAGUAUCAUAAUAGAUCAAAAAGGUCUCCAGGGUAGAGCUGGGGAAAAGACAUAUUUUUCUAAUGUUGAGAACAUUAAAUACUAAUUUCAAGGGUCAGAACACUCCUUUUCCUCCUUCUGUUCCUGGGACAAUCUUCCUUUCCUUCAUCUGUUUCUGCUCUCUUCUGCCUCUUAUUUGUACCUUGGUGUUUUCUCCCUUGAAGAAUAGAGUGAGGGGACAGAAAGCAUACAUUUCACAUUUGUAGAUGAUGCAGAAAUAGCAGUAUCUCCAGUUUAGGGCUGAUAGAUUCAAGAUUAAUUUAUUAAAUGAACAAUCAUUGAAUUCUAACUAUGUACUGAUGUUAGCAUAUAGAAAUCAUUACUAUGUUAUGAAGUAUCUGAACAUAAGACUGAAACUAAAAGGAUGAGAUUGAAUAGGCAUUAACGAGAAACCCUAUGUCCUGGGAUUUUAAAAGGCAAUCCUUCUAAGUACAGAGUGAAAUCUGUGUUUGUGGAUAUGUGUGUUUAUGUGUGUGUGUUGAUGGGAAGGGUGUUGGAAAGACCUGGUUUCACAGCAGUUUAUGUAGAAAUGUUUUCUUAGGGAAAUGGGAGUUCAAUUUUAAGUCAGCAGUAUAUUGUGGCUAUUCACAAAGCUGAUGCAUUCAACCUGUGUUAAAAGUUCAGGGAGCCCCGCAUGCCAUAAGGGUCAGUCCAUAUCUAGAUGGAGGCUUGGAUUCAAUUAUAGGUACCAUAUUUUAAGAUCAAUUUAAUCAAUCAAUAAAUUGAUUGUGUCCACAGGUAGGUGACCAGGAUUGUGAAAGGUCUGAUUAUAUAGGGAAUAGGAUGGUAGCUCCCCUGAAGAACAGAAGGUACAGUGGGGAAUGAGAUGCAGACAAGGAGGGAAUAAUAUAAUAGCUGCCUCGAAAUUUCUGUUGAGCUAUGAAACAGAAGAGGAAUUAGACUUUGUAGCUUCAAAGGGCAAAAAAUGAACAAAGGAACUUUAC